UGAAUAUUAAUAUAAACUUUGAUUAAUAAGAGAAAUUUUGUGUAAAAAUUUCAAACAUCUUCAAUUACACACUCUAGCAAAGUUGUAACAAACAGUUCUGGAGACCAUUGCACUUGUAAAGAACAUUGUAAAUAAUAACUCUCAGCUCAGUUCAUAUAAUGUCUUCCUUUAUAUUUAAUUUUGCAGGUGAUAAUAAUGAAAGUGAAACAUCAGAUACCAAGAAAACAAUAUGGUAUGAAAGCAAUGAAGUCAUCCCAAAGAAGCAAAUCGAAGGUUGGGAUGAAAUGAUUAAGUAUGCAAAGAUAUUUAUGUGCAGAGAUGUGACAAUAGGUCAUAUAACAAAUAUAAAAUUAGAUGAGACUCUUGGGAAAGAUGUUAAUUUUGCUGAAAGAUGCCACAGCGACCUCAUUCCUGGGAAAUAUGAAGGAGGACUAAAACUGUGGGAGUGUACAUAUGACUUAGUUGAAUAUUUGGAAGAACACAGUGAAAUUUCUUUUGAUGGAGCCAAGGUUUUGGAUUUGGGAUGUGGAAUAGGAAUACUAGGAAUCUAUUCUCUACUAAAAGGAGCGAAAGUCACUUUCCAAGAUUAUAAUAAAGAAAUAAUUGAGAAUGUUACAGUACCAAAUGUUCUUUUGAACACCGAGGAAGAAGAUACUGAAUAUAGUAUAGACAUGUGCAAGUUUUACUCUGGAGAUUGGGAAAGUUUUAAUGAAAAACUUGAAGACAAUUUUGAUAUAAUAUUAACUUCUGAGACAAUUUAUAAUGUUGACAACUAUGAAAAACUUGUUAGAUUAUUCGAAAACAGAAUAAGUGACAAUGGUAUUGUUCUUGUAGCAGCAAAAACUUGUUAUUUUGGUGUUGGGGGCAGUGUGAGACAAUUUGAGAAAGCUGUUAGUGAUUCCAAUCUAAGUUGUGAAGUAGUUUGGAAAAAUGACAGUGGCAUUCAAAGAGAAAUAUUAAAGAUAUGUAAAAGAUCAUGAAAAAAGUGAUUGUAUAAUAUAAAAUUCAAGUAAGUGAUAAAUGACAAAAAUACUUAAAUAUU